AGUGACUCUGUGCACAAAACACCAGGUUAGUCGUGUGGGGAAACAGAAAUGGUAGGAAAAAUUCACAGAAUCCUGAUCUGACUUAGACUGCUGCAUGCAGGAGUAACUCCAGAGGCGAUUGGCUUCCUGUCUGCUGUGGGGGUUUUUAUCGUCCUGUUAGCUAUUCUUUUCCUGCUCAUCAACAAGAAACUUUGUUUUGAAAAAAUUGGAGACCUUCCUUGCUUGGACCAACGAGGAAAAAGAAAACGACCUAAGGAGAAGACUGACGUUCUGGAAAGCCUAGCUCACGGAAUUAAAUCAAUGACGUGCCAGAAAAACUGAAAACCUGGUCAUGGUGUUAAACAUGGCUUCCCAGAGUUUCUUCCAGCCAGUCACUUCAUGGAUCUCUCGUAUGUGUGAAGCCGUUCAUCUUGCAGGAGACUCACUAUCCAGCUCGCUUACUAAUUUGAAUAAAACUCAUUCAAGCACUGACAGCGACUCGGAAUACAAAGAUUACUUUGAACAACACCUAGAAGAGAAUUUUGAUAAGGAUGAGUGUUUAUCUGAAAAUUCAUUGGGCUUUCAGAGUACGUCUGGUUUAGAACCAGGAACGUCUGAACAAGUUGAAAAUACUGAGCUACCGCAACUGGAGCAAAACAACCAAGAAUUGGUGGGGUCAUGUGAGGAUGCUUCACAAUCUGAAGAAUCUGGCUCAGUUUUCAGCUACAAAGUACGUCGAGAUAGCAGUUUACUGGAAACGCUUUCCUCAAUACCAGAAGAAGAGAGUUAUUUGGACAACCAAAUACAAAAUCUAAGGAGGGACCUUGAAUCUCCUGCUGUUAGUUCUGGCAAUGGUAAGAAACUUAGUGAAGUGAACAGUUAUGGGGAAGAUGAAGAGUUAACUACAUCUUCCGACAGUGACGAAGAAGUUUUUAAGCAGUUUCAGAUCUCAGUAUCACGUUCACAGAGCUUUCGCUCAACAGUGUCAGAAAAAGCUACACAAGUUUGUUCUGAGCAUAAGCAAAAAUUCAGCCGCUUGCUGUCAAACCACGAGGAAUACAGCGAAGAUGCUUCUGAGUGUGAAGAUUUGGAUGUUAUCAGCUAUGAAUCAUAUGCAGAAGAUGAUGAAGUUUCAGUUCACUCAAGAGCAAAAUCAGAAGGAAGGUCAAGUGACAUCCAAAAUAUCCCAGGACAGGAGACUAGUUCUACUCAUCAAAUGGCAGAGGACAUUCAGGAAAUGGAAACGUUUACAAACAAUGGCUUUGAUGGAAAUGAUGCUACAGACAGCUCUUCUGCAUGGAGUCCUGAGGAACACCAAGCCCUUAAUGACCUCCAGCCUCUCACCACCCAUGUGCCAAUCUCAAAAUGUGGUGAUCUUCAGGUGAUACUUGAUUAUAAACCUUCAAACCAAAAACUGUCUGUGACAGUUGUAGAAGCCAAUGGGAUUCCAGAUAAGGACCGUAGUGGGGCGGAUUCAUGGCAAGUUCACAUCGUAUUACUGCCUAACAAAAAGCAGAGGAGUAAGACCACUGUCCAAAAAGGACCUUUGCCGGUCUUCAAUGAAACCUUCACAUUCCACAAGCUUGAGCCACAGGAGUUGGCUAACAAUGCCCUUCGAUUUCGCUUGUAUGCUGUGCACAAAAUAAAUCGUGAAAAGAUGAUGGGUGAGAAAUUGUUACACCUAAGAAGAAUGAUCCCAGAGGGGCAGAUAAAGAUAACACUGGUUUUGGAGCCAAGAAGCAACUUGAGUAGUGGAGAUUCACAGUUCAGUUUCACAGCCAUCUCUCAGAGCGAUAGCGCAUCAUCCACGCAGUCCUUGUCUCACGGCGGGGUGCCCGAAUUGCUGGUUGGUUUGUCCUAUAAUUCCACAACAGGGCGGCUCUCGGUGGAAAUGAUCAAAGGCAGCCAUUUCCGCAAUCUGGCCAUAAAUAGGCCGCCAGAUACAUAUGGAAAACUGUCUCUUUUAAACUCCGCCGGCCAUGAAAUGUCACGCUGCAAAACAUCUAUUCGUAGAGGUCAACCAAACCCUGUCUACAAGGAAACCUUCAUCUUCCAGGUUGCCCUCUUCCAGCUUACUGAUGUCACAUUAAUGAUUUCAAUCUACAACCGACGCACCAUGAAAAGGAAGGAGAUGAUUGGAUGGAUUUCGCUUGGACAAAACAGUAGCGGAGAAGAAGAACAAAAUCAUUGGCUAGAAAUGAAAGAAUCGAAAGGACAACAGGUCUGCAGGUGGCACACCCUUCUGGAGUCAUAGGGCCACCUAUAGUACAGAAUAUAGCAAGAAAAUUGUUCAUUUGAUACCCAAAGAAUGGACAUGUGUUCUUGCGUCGACUUAUCAUACGUGUUCAGCACAAGGGGAAUUGAAAGGCAAAAUAGUUCUUUGAAUCUAAAAGAGGGUAUUUAAAAAAAAACAUCUUUUUAAACCAAAGUCCUUGUGCUGAAUUAAGAUUGUUUUUAUGUUUAUAGAUUUGUGUUCCUGUUGUUUUUUCCUAUUAGCCAAUAAUAAUAUAUACUGCCGUAUCAGGUAAAAAAAACCUUGCAUUUCCUGGUAGUUUCAAUAUAAUUGUAAUCAUCUAUUGCUUUACAUUUUUUUGAAGAAGAAAAAGUAAUUGCCGCUCUUGCAUGUUCAUGGGACCCAGUCCAAUCCAUUAAUUACAUAGUAACAUAGUAGAUGGGGUUGAAAAAAGACAGAAGUCUAUUGAGUUCAAGCUAAACAAUUAAGUAUGCAGUGCAAAAUCUUUAUAAUUUUAUUUUUUUAUUUUUGUUGCUUUUCUACAGUAUUCCAAUCCAUUAGAUGUACCACCAAUCAAGUUAGUUACACUGCCUAAUUAUGUAUAAAAUAUAAGAAACAAGCUUUUUGCUAGAUCUACACAUAAGCAAAAGAUACAAGAAUACAAAACAUGGUAGCUGAUUGAUUCAAUAUAGAUUAUGUGCUCCAUGCAUGAGGGCAGGUUCGCACAUGUAAGCCGUCUUCUCGCAAUGUAAGAUGCAUCGGUCAUUAGACCGCUGCUUCUUACACUCUUCGCCACCUCUGCGGUGGUGAAGAGAAAUCAUCACAAACUCACUUGCUCGGGGUGAUUGACAAAUUCUUCUCUCGCGUGAUUGGCUGUGCAAGAGAAGGGGCGGGCAUUACACACUCAACUGAUGAUAAUGAUGCAUACAGGCCAACGGAUGAACAGUUCCGCUACCCGUAUGCAGUAAAGGCGUGCGGACAACUACUCAAGUUGAGAAGUUUGUCGUCCGUACGCUUCUUCAUACAUGGGGGUCAUAUAACUGCAGUUUCAUUUAUGAUAUAUGCAAUUAAUAUCAUGUCAUCGUGAGUAAUUUUAAAAUUAUUUUUUUCAAAAUGUCCAAACAUCAUUAUAAAUAAAUAUUCUGAUCAUAUUUAAUUUGCAUUACAAGCUUUUAAUGAUAACUAUUUUCCAAGAAGAAUUUCUGCAUGAUGCGGGUAAGAGAUAUAAUUCUCUAACGAAAAGAUUAAUGUAAAAAAUCAGCACAAAAAGUGCUUAAUCACCGCCAUCCUCUUCUCCUCAAGGAGAGAGAACGGAUAAAAGAAAAGUUAAGCUCCCGCUUUCCUGACCGAUAAGAUAAGGUGGAUAAUAAACUGAUAAAACAUUUUGUUCUGCAUUUAUUGAGAGUUUCGUGCACCAAGUAUACACUACCUGUUCCUCUCAGGAGGCUCCGACUUUAAAAUGUAGCCAUUUAUUUAUCCUAAUUUUUAUAGUACCAACUUUCUUUUGUCACCAUAGGAAAUAAGCAUCCCUAGAAAUCUUAAACAUUGAAACAAAUAUCCUUUAACAGUAGCCAUGAAAUUCUUUUUGUAAAAAUAAAGCACAAUUGUUGUUCAAGUA